UCAAGCCAAAAGCAAACAAAGGAGGAGACAAUCCAACCACGUGAUCUGUCCAAAAAAACUUACAUGCCUGCAACCAUAUUUUCUUUUUCAUCACCACAUCCCAUUCUUAUAAUUCUCAUCUCUCUCUCUCUCAUCAAUCCCACACAUCCCUUCACACCACAAUCUCCUUUUAUUCAAAGUUAAAAAAUGCAUCAACCAUUAUAAUAAUUUUAGUUCAUUUAUUUACUUUUAUUCCUGAGAGAAGUUUUUGGUCACUGGGUAUAGUUGUGCAUCUCUACAUUUGUGUCCACCUUCGCAUUUUGUUUUGUCCUCUGUUUGGUUCUUUCUUUGGUUGGGUUGUGACCGUGCUUCAUGCUCACCUCCUUUUUAUUUUCUGCAACUGCAAAACAAAGAAGAUAAUGGUAGUGUCAUCACCCAGAAACAACAACAACGACACACUCACAUGGAAUUAUUUGUGGGGGCUGUCCACACCUCAUAGAACCCAAACACACCCUUCUCAGAUCUCAAGGAUCUCACAACUUCACCCUUGAACUUGGGUUUUUCUUUUUUCUUUUCUUCACCAAUAAAGUUUUGCUCUUUUUGGUGUUCUCAGUGCUCACUCCUCUUGCCUGGAUUCAAAUUCUUCAUUGCCAAGUUGGUCUGUGCUGGCAAAAAAGGAAAACAAACAAUUUUGGCAUCUGGGUUCUUUUUGGCUUAAUGUUCAUUGAAUUUGGUCUAGUGGAAGUUGCUGUUUUGGUGAGAGUGGGGUUGCUUUGUUUGGGAAUCUGAUUCCAGAGACUGGCUUUUUCUGUUUGGAUAAGGUGAUAUAGACUGGACCUUCUUUGUGGGAAUGGGGAGAGUUAUUGUUAAUUAUGGUGGCUUGGAGCACUGGUCAGUGGUUGUGUGAGGGAGACACAGUUGAGGAACUAAUUUUAGAGUAUGGAGCUUAGUGGUUUGGUUUUCUGGCUACUGGGGUUGCUGCUUUUGCAGUUGAUGGAGAUUUCUUCUGCUGCUCUUUCUCCAUCUGGCAUAAACUAUGAAGUUGUAGCUCUGAUGGCCAUAAAGGGUGACUUGACUGAUCCUCACAACGUUCUGGAAAAUUGGGAUUCUAGUUCUGUUGAUCCAUGUAGCUGGAGAAUGGUUACGUGUUCCUCUGAUGGCUCCGUUUCUGCAUUGGGAUUUCCGAGUCAGAACUUGUCUGGUACACUAUCUCCCGGAAUUGGAAACCUCACUAACUUGCAAUCUGUGUUGCUUCAGAAUAAUGCCAUUUCUGGUAGGAUUCCUGCUGCAAUAGGAAACUUGGAAAGGCUUCACACACUUGAUCUUUCCAAUAAUGCAUUUAGUGGUGAGAUACCCAGUUCUUUGGGAGGCCUCAAGAACCUGAAUUAUUUGAGGUUAAACAAUAACAGCCUUACAGGAUCCUGUCCUCAGUCUCUUAGCAACAUCGAAGGUCUAACCCUUGUGGACCUCUCCUACAACAAUCUGAGUGGUUCAUUGCCUAGAAUAUCGGCAAGAACAUUAAAGAUUGUGGGUAACCCUUUAAUUUGUGGUCCAAAAGCAAACAACUGUUCUUCCGUUUUACCAGAGCCACUUUCCUUUCCUCCAGAUGCACUAAGAGGCCAAUCAGAUUCUGGUAAAAAAAGCCAUCACGUGGCACUUGCUUUCGGUGCAAGCUUUGGUGCUGCAUUUGUCAUUGUGAUUAUAGUUGGGUUUCUUGUUUGGUGGCGAUAUAGACGCAACCAGCAGAUAUUCUUUGAUGUUAACGAACAUUAUGAUCCGGAGGUGCGUCUUGGUCAUUUAAAAAGGUUUUCAUUCAAAGAGCUUCGAACUGCAACAGACCAUUUCAACUCAAAGAACAUUCUUGGAAGAGGUGGCUUUGGAAUAGUCUACAAGGCAUGCCUAAAUGAUGGGUCUGUUGUGGCUGUUAAGAGGUUAAAGGACUACAAUGCAGCCGGUGGUGAGAUCCAAUUUCAAACAGAAGUUGAGACAAUCAGUUUGGCUGUCCACCGCAAUCUUCUCAGGCUUUCGGGGUUUUGCAGCACUCAGCAUGAAAGGCUCCUCGUUUAUCCAUAUAUGUCUAAUGGAAGUGUAGCCUCUAGAUUAAAAGAUCAUAUCCAUGGCCAUCCGGCGUUAGAUUGGACUAGACGGAAGAGAAUAGCUUUAGGUACAGCAAGAGGGUUGGUUUACUUGCAUGAACAAUGUGACCCUAAGAUUAUUCACCGUGAUGUAAAAGCAGCUAACAUAUUGCUAGAUGAAGACUUUGAAGCUGUUGUUGGUGAUUUUGGUUUAGCCAAGCUUCUGGAUCAUAGAGACUCCCAUGUGACCACCGCCGUGCGUGGCACUGUUGGUCACAUUGCUCCAGAGUAUCUAUCCACUGGCCAAUCGUCAGAAAAGACUGAUGUGUUUGGGUUUGGAAUCUUGCUGCUUGAACUGAUCACAGGUCACAAGGCUCUAGAUUUUGGGCGAGCAGCGAACCAGAAAGGUGUAAUGCUUGAUUGGGUUAAGAAGCUCCACCAGGAUGGAAGAUUAAGUCAAAUGGUGGACAAAGAUCUAAAGGGAAACUUUGAUCUGAUUGAGUUAGAAGAAAUGGUUCAGGUUGCACUCUUGUGCACACAGUUCAAUCCUUCACACCGCCCCAAGAUGUCAGAAGUAUUAAAGAUGUUGGAAGGGGAUGGCUUGGCUGAGAGAUGGGAGGCCUCACAGAGGAUUGAAACACCAAGGUUUCGGUCUUGUGAGCCUCAAAGAUAUUCAGAUUUAAUAGAGGAAUCUUCACUCAUAAUUGAAGCCAUGGAGCUUUCUGGCCCUAGGUGACAAGCAUCUUGGUUUUCCACUAUAGCUCCCUGUUUAAAACAUGUAGUUUAAACGUUAAAAAUGACAUUCUUAUUAGUGUCAAUACCUAUGUAAUGCACCUAUUCAUCUGUAAAAAGAAAAAAGGAAAGUCUUGUAUAAGUAUCUUUUUGGAAUGUUCAUUUUACUUUCUUCAGAA